AUCGACGUAGUUGGCGUGUAUUUUCUCAGGAAGCGCGUCGAAUCCAUAAAAAUUUCUGAACCUUCGCUGAUGGCCGCUCUCAAGUUUCUCUCUACUUAAAGUGAGACAAAUAUAGGUUUUCCCACUCUAGCUUAUUGCACCAGUUCAGCAGUGCAGCUACAAAGAACAGAUUACAUAUAUCCAAGAAAUCUAACCGAGAUUUAGCAUCGUGGACAUAAGGUUUAAAGAGUAGAACUUUAGUAUAAAAAAAUAAGAGCCAAAUGUAAUGGGUUCCUUGCAAAUGAUUAUGCAAGUUGGUAAAGUUGCUCCGAGAAUUGCUAGAAUUAUUCCAAACAGUAUAACUACAUGUUUAAAUCGAAAUAAAUAUUAUUAUGUAAAUGAAGAAAAAGACAAAACUUGGUCAGAUAUUAUAGACGCUGCGAAUACACAUAUGUUUAUGCUGGAAAUUUUCCGAGGAUUAGGGGUUGCUGUAUCUCACAUGUUUAGAGAACCAGCAACUAUAAACUAUCCUUUUGAAAAAGGACCUCUCAGCCCAAGGUUUAGGGGAGAACAUGCACUAAGAAGGUAUCCUUCUGGAGAAGAAAGAUGUAUUGCUUGUAAAUUAUGUGAAGCAAUAUGUCCUGCGCAAGCUAUUACAAUUGAAGCAGAGGAAAGAAUAGAUGGAUCACGACGUACCACAAGAUAUGACAUUGAUAUGUCUAAAUGUAUUUAUUGUGGUUUUUGUCAAGAAGCUUGUCCUGUUGAUGCUAUUGUUGAGGGCCCAAAUUUUGAAUUUUCAACUGAAACUCAUGAGGAAAUGUUAUAUAAUAAAGAAAAGCUUUUGAAUAAUGGAGAUAAAUGGGAAUCUGAAAUUGCUAGUAAUAUUCAUGCUGAUCAUUUGUAUCGGUAAAAACUGUGUUGUAAUGUAGUCAUGAUUAAUAUUCCAUAUAAACAGAUAUUGUAUAAUAAUAUAAAAGUAUAAUAGUAU